CCCGCCGAUUCCCGCCGUGCCCUGCGCCUCGGUUCCGUGGCGGGAACUGAGGCGGUUGUGGGGGCUGAGGGUGCCCUGUCUCCUGGGCCCGUUAUCUCAGACUGGGGGACGGAUCUAGAACUUGACGACCCUUUGACCUUCCCUGUUCCGGAACCCCAGGAACGCGCGGGCGGCGCGCUCACUUCGGCGACAGGAGACCGAAAGGCCCAGGCUGUGCCAGGGUGAAGCAACCAUGCAGGCUUUUCUGAAAGGCUCAUCUAUCAGUACUAAACCACCAUCAACCAAGGAUCGAGGAGUGGCUGGCACUGCAGGAGGCAGUGGAGAGAACAAGAAAGCCAAACCUGUCCCAUGGGUGGAAAAAUAUCGCCCGAAAUGUGUGGAUGAAGUUGCUUUCCAGGAAGAAGUGGUUGCGGUGCUGAAAAAGUCUUUAGAGGGAGCUGAUCUCCCUAAUCUUCUGUUUUAUGGACCACCUGGAACUGGAAAAACAUCCACUAUUUUGGCAGCAGCUAGAGAACUCUUUGGGCCUGAACUUUUUCGAUUAAGAGUUCUUGAGUUAAAUGCAUCUGAUGAACGUGGAAUACAAGUGGUUCGAGAGAAAGUGAAAAAUUUUGCUCAAUUAACUGUGUCAGGAAGUCGUUCAGAUGGGAAGGCAUGUCCUCCUUUUAAGAUUGUGAUUCUGGAUGAAGCAGAUUCUAUGACCUCGGCUGCUCAGGCAGCUUUAAGACGUACCAUGGAGAAAGAGUCUAAAACCACCCGAUUCUGUCUCAUCUGUAACUAUGUCAGUCGAAUAAUUGAACCCCUGACCUCUAGAUGUUCAAAAUUCCGUUUCAAGCCUCUCUCUGAUAAAAUUCAACAGCAGCGAUUACUAGACAUUGCUGAGAAGGAAAAUGUGAAAAUUAGCAAUGAGGGAAUAGCUUAUCUUGUUAAAGUGUCAGAAGGAGACUUAAGAAAAGCUAUUACGUUUCUUCAAAGUGCUACUCGAUUAACAGGUGGAAAAGAGGUCACAGACAAAGUGAUCACAGACAUUGCUGGGGUAAUACCGACUGAGACAAUUGAUGGAAUAUUUGCAGCAUGUCAAAGUGGUUCUUUUGACAAACUUGAAGCUGUGGUAAAGGACUUAAUAGAUGAAGGUCAUGCAGCAAGUCAGCUUAUAAACCAACUUCAUGAUAUAGUUGUAGAAAAUGACGACCUUUCUGAUAAACACAAGUCCAUUAUUACAGAAAAACUUGCUGAAGUUGACAAAUGCUUAGCUGAUGGAGCAGAUGAACACCUGCAACUGAUUAGCCUUUGUGCAACUGUGAUGCAGCAGUUAACUCAGAAUUGUUAAAGUGCCUUCUAUAAAUGUGAAUUAUGAUAAAAAUAAAACCACUGAAGGAUUUUUUUUAAAGUGAAUAUACAAUUUAUUUAACAUUCAAACUUCAUUAAGACAUGUGCAAUAUGGCAAUUUUACUGGGGUAAGUUUUAACCCUACCUAAGAUAUGAUUGCUUGCUGGGGCUUAGCAACAGGGUCCAGUUCACACUUAGCACUAAUUAAAUA